AUGGCAAAUGCCGGAUGGAACAAAGACACAAGAUAUGCGCUGGGUUGGUAUAGAGGACUCAUCCGAAUAUUAGGAAUUUGGCCGCUAGAUAGUCGAGGAUUAUUUUCCACUUUAAGGAUUUUAAUUGUUAUAUCAAUUCAAAUUAUUCUGGUGGCAAUUUUUGUUCAAAAUUGGAUCGUCAAAGGUAACUGUGGCACUAUAACUGAAUUAGUAGAUGCCGUAAGUCUCAUCACAACCAGUCUGAUGGCUGUGAUAAAGAUACUCCUCCCCUCGAUCCACCGAAAUAGAGUUUCUUCCAUCGUCAAUUCUGCUCUGCAAGACUGGUCGGACGUUGAAGACAAGAAAUCGUGGGAAAUAAUGCGUCGAUACGCCUAUAUAGGAAGACUAGUCUUCAUCGUGCAAAUGUUCGGCGCUUACAUGACGAUAAUUCCCCUCAUCUUGAUGAGUCUCCCGAAAUUCGUGGAAGUAGAGCAUUUGGAUAACAAGAGUGUAUUCCUCCGGAAUAUACCGAUUGGGCCGAAAUGCUGGGUCUCCCUGGAAAUCUCGGCGUUGACUUAUUUUUUAUAUUACAUUUUCGUUUGCUUACAUUUGUUCAUUUUGGCAACUGCGUACCUCGGAGGUGAUGUGUUUGCAUUCGGCCUCGCAAUGCAUCUGUGCGGACAAUUUCAAUUACUGUAUAGGAGUUUGGACGAGCUUGAUGGUGAUGAGACUGAGUCAAUUCAACGGGCGAGAGUGGCGAGGUUCUCCAAGCGGCACAAUCAACUUCUCAAGUUGGCGGAUGACUUUGAAGCGGCAUUCCACAUGUUGAUCUUCUUCGAACUUGGAGCAAAUACCUUCAUCAUCUCUAUUUCGGAAAUAAUUUUGCUCUGGGCCUGCAAAGUUGGAGAUACUCAAAUUAUAUCAGCAAUGGCUAUCAGAAUUUACCUGAUGUACAUCCAAAUAUUUAUGUACAGCUACAUAGGCGAACAUUUGUCAACCCAAGCAGAGAAAUUACAAGUCGCUAUUUACAACAGUCCCUGGUACGGAAUGUCGCCGGCUAUUGUAAGAGAUAUGAAAUUCAUAAUGAUGCGCAAUAAUUAUUUGUUCCAUCUGACUGCCGGUAAAAUAUGGAACAUGGAUUAUGAGAAUUUCAAAAGUAUCGUUAGAUCAAUGUUCUCGUAUUUUUCAAUACUUCGUUUGAUACUCAACGAAUAA